AUGAGGAAACGUUACGGUGGUUUCGAGAAUGUUGGUGCCACGGUCGAUGAUUGCAAAAACUUUAGGACUCGAAUUAACAGAUAUAUAGGAGAAUAUGGCACUGACAUGGUGAUCAAUAGGUUGACCGAAAAAAAAAAACAGUAUUUAGUUGAUUUUUCGUUUGAAUAUUCUAUUGAUGAGGACAAACGGUUAACUGGUUUGUUCUGGGAUGAUGGGUUAUGCAAGCGUAACUUUAUGGAGUUCGGGGAUGUGAUAUCGUUCGAUGCAACUUUCAAGACAAACAAGUACAAGAUGGUGUUUGUUCCGUUCACUGGGAUUGACAACCACUGUCGAAAUGUAACCCAUAGAGCUAGGUUGUUGGCAUCGGAGGGCAUUGACUCUUAUAAAUGGCUUCUCAAUUCAUUCGUAAAGUCAUUUAGACGACAGCCAAAGGUUGUAGUGACGGACCAAGACCCUGCGAUGAAGCAGGCUAUUAAGGAGGUUUUUACUACCAGUAGACACAGAUUGUGCAUGUGGCUCAUAAUGAAAAAAGUGGCAGAUAAGGUUGGACACGAGUUGUGUAAUAAUGAUGAGUUUAAAAGGAGGAUGUGCGAUAUUGUAUGGAUUGAUUCCAUUGAGCCUGAAGAAUUUGAGAGACAGUGGAAGUUGGUGAUGAUUGAGUAUGGUCUCACACAAAAUAAAUGGAUUGAUGAUAUGUUUGCGAUGAGAUACAUGUGGAUUCCGGCUUUUUACCGGCAUGAGCCCAUGUCUGGACUCAUGCGAACAGCUUCGAGAUCAGAGAGCGAGAAUCAUUUUUUUUGCCAGGUGGCAAAUUCACAACUCACUCUUGUAGAGUUUAUGAAUCAUUUUGACGGUGCAAUGGAUGUCCAAAGGUUCAAUCACAGAAAGAAUGGUCAUAUUUCAAGAUUACUGAGUCUGAUGAUUGGAGCAAACCUACUUUGGAAAAAGAUGCUGCUAAGAUAUACACCAGGUCUAUAUUCUUUGAUCAGCAAAUAG